AUGACAAAAUUCUCAGCCCAUCCCCGGAAAAUCAGGCUCUCCUAUUCCGAUCCCGACGCCACCGAUUCAUCGUCGGACGAAUCCGAUCCAUCGGCCAGAAAAUCCAAGAGAAUUGUCCACGAGCUGCUGCUCCCUCUGCUGAAGAUUUCCAGCCGAGAAAUCGAAUCGGAACGCGGCGCCGAUGAAUUCCAGAAUCUGAUCGCCGAGAGGAGCUUCGUCGGCGUGCACAAGAGGAAAUCGGGGAGGUACGCGGCCGAGGUGAGGGAUCGUCGGCUGAAGAAACGCAUCUGGCUGGGCACGUUCAACACCGCCGAAGAGGCCUCCGCGGCUUAUCUGGCGGCGAAGCGCGAGAUCGAGGAGGCGCCGAGAGUCAGAGAGGGGGGAAUCGUGUGGGUUGCUUCCGAGAAGACCGGCGGCUCUCCGAAUUCGGUUCUCGAAAAUUCGUCCGAUGAAAGCGGCGGCGGGAAGGAUCCGGAGCAGAAAAUAGGGUUUCUGUGCGGCGUGCAAAUUGUUGACCCGAAUGGAUAUCUGGUUGGGGAAUUCAGCAAGCUGGAUGAUCUGAGCAUUGCCACGGCGGAGGACGGCGUCGUUUUGGCAGGUUAA